CACAACACCAGCUGCGGCCCCUUUAACUCCAAUCUCCCGCGUUCCGAGUUAAGCGGAAAUAGAAAGCCCUCUUCUCUCUAUUUAAGCGUACUAUCAAAGACUGGAAGAGGAGAUACAUCUGCUAUUCGUUCACUGGACACCAGGCCGUCGCUUUCGUCUUCCUCCAGUGUCUCGACUGUCGCCCUGAAACAAAAUGCCGGAGGAAACGUCCGCCGCGUCGAGCUCCGGGAGCGUGGAGGAGAAGCCGUGCUCCUCCUCCUCCUCCUCGGCGGCAGCAGCAGACUGCUCCGUUGACGUCGCGGAUGAGGCGAAGAAGCUGAUCGGCACCGGGAACAGGCAUCUGGUGAUGGGCGAUGUUGUUGCUGCUGUCGGUGUCUUCCAGGACGCCUGCGGCAUGCUGGCUGCGAAAUACGGUGACACUGCAGAAGAGUGCGGUGAGGCAUUCUUCCUCUGUGGGAAGUCCCUACUGGAGCUGGCCAGGAUGGAGAACAGUGUCCUUGGCAAUGCCCUGGAGGGAGUCCCAGAAGAAUCUGAGGAAGAGGAGCAGCCCAACGGCUCAAAUAUCGAGAGCGCCAACAAUCUUGAUGACGAUGAUGAGGAUGACGACGAGGAUGGGGAGAAAAAUGGCCAGGAUAAGGAGGAAGAUGAAGUCGGCAAUUUGCAGUUGGCGUGGGAGAUGCUGGAAGUGGCCAAAGUCAUCUACAAAAGAAAAGAAGGCAAAGACGACCAGCUGAUGGCGGCCCAGACGUAUUUGAAACUCGGAGAAGUCAGCGCUGAAUCCGGUAACUACCCCCAGGCGCUGGAAGACUUCCAGGAGUGCCUUGCUCUGCAGCUCAGGUACUUGCCUCCCCACAGCCGCCUGCUGGCCGAGACCCACUACCACGUGGCCACCACGCUGUGCUACAUGGACCAGUACAGCCCGGCCAUCCAGCACUACGGCAGCUCCGUCACGGUCAUCGAGGCCCGUCUGGCCGUGUUGCAGGACGCCGUCGGCGUCGCAGAAGAGAAGAACGAGACGGAGGAGCUGAAGCAGCUUCUGCCCGACAUCAGGGAGAAGAUCGAGGACGCCAAGGAGAGCCAGAGGACGUCCGGCGCCGCCUCGCAGGCCAUCCAGCAGACGCUCGGCGGAGCCUCAGCGUCGGCAUUCCUCUGUGAAAAUGGCGGCAUGUCAUCUUCAUUUCCCGCCGCCAGCCAGAUCCCAGUUAAAUCUUCCUCCGCCGCCAACGCCAUCUCUAACAUCUCCCACCUCGUCAGGAAAAAGAGGAAACCGGAAGAGGAGAGCCCAGUAAAGGACACUGGUGCUAAGCAAGCAAAACGGGAAGCCACAGUUAAUGGCGCUGACUCUAGUGCCAGCAAAGGAGUCCAGGAGGGCAAAUCCCAGGAGCCGGCCACCCCGUCGGCUCGUCGGCGUGACGACCUCGUCUCCGCCCCGAUCUUCGACACCAGCGCUGCGUGUGCAUCCAGCCCUCCGCCGUCUAACACUUUUUUGCUUUUGUAAAUAAGAUCAUUUUCAUAAGUGUGUCUGUCCAGUUUUGUAUACUUGUAGUAAAAAAAAAUGAAUAAAAAUGAUUGCAGAUUAGAAAAGUU